GAACAUUAAAUUACAAAAUUCCCCAAAUUUUGGGACCAAACAGAAUAAACAGAGCGAAUAUGAUCCCUUUUUCCAGCUUUUGUUUUUUUAUUUACUGACUCUAGGAUUGAUUCUUUCUUAUAGAAGAUCUUUGAAUGAUUAAAUAUUCAGAUUCCCUCACUUCCCAUUGUGACGACCCAAACAUUGUUUUUGUGUUCCCUUUCCUGUCCGGGUCUUUAAAAGGAAAAACAAAAGCUUUCAACUUCCUCUCCCCAAUUUUUCAGAGGUUUCUUUCACUUUCUCUCCGUCCAAACAGUAAAUUAGCAUGAUUCAAGAGGAGCGAGAACAUGACAACCCUCCAACUCUAAUCGACAAAAACUUCCCUCUUUUCUCCAAACCCCGCAAACCCAAACCCAAACCCAAUAAAACCCCUAAACCCUCUCAAAACCCUAACUCCCAAACUCCCCAAAUAGAAAAAGUCUCCUCCGCCUCUGAGGACGCAGCCGCCGCAACCACCGCUUUCUCCGACCUGGGCUUAGCAGAAUGGGCCAUCGAAACAUGCAAAGAACUCGGAAUGCGAAAGCCCACGCCGGUCCAAACCCAUUGCAUACCCAAAAUACUUGCCGGUCGUGACGUGCUGGGGAUAGCCCAGACGGGAAGCGGCAAAACUGCGGCGUUUGCUCUGCCGAUAUUGCACCGUUUGGCGGAGGAUCCGUAUGGGGUUUUUGCGCUGGUGAUUACGCCGACAAGGGAGCUGGCUUUCCAGUUGGCGGAGCAGUUUAGAGCACUGGGGUCUUGUUUGCAUUUAAGGUGUUCGGUGGUGGUGGGUGGAAUGGACAUGAUUACGCAGGCGAAAGCCUUGGCUUCAAGGCCGCAUGUGGUUGUGGCUACACCUGGGAGAAUUAAGGUUUUUCUGGAAGAGAAUCCUGAUAUCCCUAAAGUCUUCCAAAGAACUCAGUUUUUAGUUUUGGAUGAAGCAGAUAGAGUUUUGGAUGUUGGCUUUGAGGAUGAAUUAAGGGUGGUUUUCCAAUGCUUGCCAAAAAAGCGGCAAACUUUGUUAUUUUCUGCAACAAUGACUGGUGAUCUGCAAACACUGCUUGAGCUUUCUGCCAACAAGGCAUACUUCUAUGAGGCCUAUGAAGGCUUCAGGACAGUUGAAACACUUAAGCAGCAGUAUCUUUUCAUCCCAAAAACUGUGAAGGAUGCUUAUCUUGUGCAUAUUUUGUCUAAAAUGGAAGAGAUGAAUAUCCGCUCAGCCAUGAUAUUUGUCUCAAGAUGCAGAGAUUGUCACCUUUUAAGUUUAUUAUUAGAAGAGCUUGAAGUGGAGGCAGCAGCUUUGCAUUCAUUAAAAUCACAGGCUCUAAGGCUUUCUGCAGUGCAGCAUUUUAAAUCUGGACGUGUUUCUAUACUGCUCUCUACUGAUGUUGCCAGCCGUGGUUUAGACAUUCCUACUGUUGAUCUUGUCAUAAAUUAUGAUCUUCCAAGGUAUCCUAGAGAUUAUGUUCAUCGUGUGGGGCGAACUGCAAGAGCUGGAAGAGGAGGAUUGGCUGUGAGCUUUGUUACUGAGAAUGAUGUGGAUCUUGUUCAUGAGAUAGAAGCUGAACUGGGAAAACAAUUGGAAAAUUUUGAGUGCAAAGAGAAUGAAGUCCUUUCCGAUUUUACAAAGGUCUGCAAGGCAAAACGUGUGGCAACAAUGAAGAUGAUGGAUGAUGGGUUUGAAGAGAAAGUAAAAGAACGUAAAAAGCAGAAACUAAAGACACUAGCGGAGAAAGGAUUAUUGAAGAAAAGGAGUAAGAAGAGAAAGCGUGGAACAUUUGCUAAAAGUAGUGAUCAGUCCUAAAAUCUUAUAACUCUUAACCCAACCAUUACCAUUAAUGUAAGCUCCAUUUUGUCCAGGAGCUGCUUGGAUGCAGGUGAAGUGAUUAAAUUGUUUCUUUUUUUUGUGUUUUUUGACACCCAAUAUCCUUGUCAUGAAAUACCCUUUUUGGUUCUUUAGAAUAGCUGUUGUCGAAUAUGAAUAAUUACUGGAUAAUUCCUUAUUUAUUGAAGAAAUUCUUGAAAGGAAAAGGUAUCCAAAAUAAAAAGGAAGAGUUAAAGUCAUCGUUUUUGGUUUAAA